UGAAACCCUUCACUACGGAGUUUGGUUGGGCACACGCAGAUAGGGGAAGUUGCUCGUCGUCCAGUUGGCAAACUGACGAAGUUGUCUUCGGAAACUUGAAGGCUCAAAACAAAACCACUAUGACUUCGACGAACAUGUUUCAAGGGUUGGAUACUGGUACAAAACCAAGUUCCAGGGUGUUGCAGCCUCCUGGAGGUGGCUCCAGUAACCUGUUUGGCGGCUAUGAAGAAGAUUCUGCAGCAUCAAGAAGACCUCAUAAGAUGGCCUCUAACGUUUUCGCUGCACCAGCGGAGCCCCAGAGUGUACCCAGGCGCUCCAAUCCUCCAGGUGGGAAGAGUAGCGGAAUAUUUGGGGAUCCUGAACCUCCAGCUCAACCACAGAGACCCAUACCUCCAGGUGGACCAACCAGCAACAUAUUCGGGGCUGCAGAAGAUGCACCUGUUCAAAGCCGAAGCCACCCAAAUAAGCCAAAGGACAAUCUAAGUGUGGGACCUGGACCCGAAUCACCAGCACCUGAAGCCAAGGUCAGCCAGCCCGAGGUGAAGGAGGAAGCUGCCCCCCCUCCAGCUCCCAUGCCAGCCAAAGAAGAGCCUGCUGCUGUCUCAGCCCCUCCAGAGCCUGAGCCCUCUUCCUCCUCCUCCUCCUCCUCACCUCCCGUUGAGAGAGACGUGACUAGUGAGCUGAAGAAGCAUGAGCCUCACCUGGGACCCAAGCCUCGCUCUCACAACAGGGUCCUCAACCCCCCUGGAGGAAAGUCUAGUGUGGUAUUCUACUGAUCAGCUGAACACGCCACUCCUCCCUGUUUGUGUGUAUACACGCCUUGUCUGCUCCCCUGUUAAUCUUCUCCCAUUCCAACACCACUCUCCGCACGGUUAUUUCACCUGUACAUCUAAACACAGACCAGGAAGUUUUGUUCUUCACACCAGGUCGAAUAUGUCGUCCUCAACUUCUUGCACUUUCAGUAUUUCUGGCUCCCACUAUUUUUCUUCUUCUUCUUCAUUGAAACCUGCAAUCAUACAAUCAUACAAUCACCAACCAAUCGAUCAGCAAGCUAGCUAUUAAACUAAUCACUUGAACUGUGACACUGUUCAAUCUCAAUAUUGCGGUUACUGUUUUCACUAUUUCUGUGUUUAAGCAUCUGUAAAUGUAGUUUGGUGUAAGGCACAAUUAUUGGAUAUUUAAGACAUUGUCCAAAGCUUUAAGCAGUCCUAAAAUCCUGGUGUGAAAAUUCAUGACAGACAUUUGCUCACAUUUCAGGGUGUCUCAAACCUUUAGUGUGUACGUGUUCAGUCAGGAGGGGGUGAAUAGAUCGUCUCACCAAUGUGACAUGUAAAAUGUUUCAGGGAGUUCCACUAGUACCACCUUUAUGCGUUGCCAGAUCCUUAUUGGAUGACCACAUAAAACCUUUUUGUUUGGCUGUUUUUCAAAAUGAUACAUUUUAGACGACAAAUAAUGACUGUAUAAUCAGAAGCCUUAUGUCAACUCAGCAUUGUUUAAUCUUUCUUGCCUUCUCAUGAAUAAUUCCCCCAUGGUUUCCUUCUCUAGAUGCCAAAAAAAUUGACUUUACAAACUAAGAUGAAUGCGGUUGUUUACUCCCAAAUGUUUCUGCUUCCUUAAAGAAAUUCCAUUUUGAUUGUGUGCGAUUGUAUUGUGCAGGUACUUUUCUGCUUUGCCCUCAUUGCUUGCUUUAACUAAGAACAUGCCUUUUUUUUUGCUUGGGGUAGGCCUCUGUUUAUGUUUUAAAUUAAAACGGCUGAAGAUAAAUAAACCCUGGACAAGCGUGUGGCCUACCUGAGUCCAGGUGGGCUCAUUGAUAAUCACCUUUUCACCCACUUCAUGAUGCACAUUCAUGGUCCUCUGCCAGCCUGUCCCCCAUGUAUUGAUGUGCCUGGCAGGCAAUGAGCGCAGCAGAAGAAAGAAUCCUGUGUAUUGCAAUAAAACUGUUGUUUUGCAUUUAGA